AUUUUUUUCAGUUUAUCUAAACAAAAGUACAAAACUAUAAUUAAUUUCAAAAUUCGAUAAACCCUACUGUUUGACAUCUUCUACGAACGGCCACACCGGAGAAUUAGCUUCUCGUUCCGUACGAUGUCGGCGACACUCCGACGCCUCAUCCUUCUCUCCUCCGCUAAUCGCUCCAUUAAUUCAUCUCCGCCGUGUCUUUCCACCGCCGUGAAUCGCCUAUCUCUAUCAUUCUCUUCCGUCUCAUCUUCGCCGGAAUCACACACCUCCCCUUCCCGGAUUCGAACCCGAACUCCACUCGAAACUCAAUUCGAAACAUGGAUCCAGAAUCUAAAACCAGGAUUCACAAACUCCGAUGUUGUAACAGCGUUACGAGCUCAAUCAGAUCCAGAUCUAGCUCUCGACAUUUUCCGAUGGACAUCUCAACAACGAGGCUACAAACACAAUCACGAAGCUUACCACACUAUGAUCAAACAAGCAAUCACCGGAAAACGAAACAAAUUCGUCGAAACGUUAAUCGAAGAAGUAAUCGCCGGAGCUUGUGAAAUGAGUGUUCCUCUAUACAAUUGCAUCAUCAGAUUCUGUUGUGGUCGUAAGUUUCUUUUUAAUAGAGCUUUCGAUGUUUAUAACAAAAUGCUUCGAUCAGAAGAUUCAAAGCCUGAUCUUGAAACCUAUACUUUGCUUCUAAGCUCAUUGCUUAAGAGAUUCAACAAAUUGAAUGUGUGUUAUGUGUAUCUACAUGCCGUUAGAUCGCUUACGAAGCAGAUGAAAUCGAACGGUGUGAUUCCGGAUACGUUUGUGUUGAAUAUGAUUAUCAAAGCUUAUGCAAAGUGUCUUGAGGUAGAUGAAGCUAUAAGGGUUUAUAAAGAGAUGGCUUUGUAUGGCUCUGAGCCUAAUGCUUAUACUUAUAGUUACUUGAUUAAGGGGGUUUGUGAGAAAGGAAGGAUUGGACAGGGUUUAGGGUUUUAUAAGGAGAUGAGUAGUAAAGGGAUGGUUCCGAAUGGGAGUUGUUAUAUGGUUUUGAUUUGUAGUUUGUCUAUGGAGAGGAGGUUGAAUGAAGCGGUUGAGGUUGUGUAUGAUAUGUUGGCGAAUUCGUUGUCUCCGGAUAUGUUGACUUAUAACACGGUUUUGACGGAGUUGUGUAGGGGAGGUAGAGGGGAUGAAGCUCUUGAGUUGGUUGAGGAAUGGAAGAAACGGGAUCCGGUUAUGGGUGAAAGGAAUUACAGAACGUUGAUGGAUGAGGUGUAUUUUUUGAAUAAGGGAUGAUUUGGUUCUGUUCAUCUAGAAGGGUGAUGGGUGAUUGAUCCGCUUAGCUCUUGUUAUUCGAAAGGGGCUAAAAGAUGGGUCAUUUUGGUUGGAAGUGUGUGUUUUGCACUCCAGUGAAUGAACCCUAGAUUGCAGU